CCCAUUUCCCGGCGCCGACAUUUCCUACCGCCAUGAACGCAGCACUGCGCGUUCAUUCCCAAAGUGUCCCGCUGCAGGACAGGGUGCGUGAACUCGGGAGGGGAAGCGCUGCGCUGUUAACAACUCCCAGGAUUUACACUCUGCCAUUUUGAGUGAAAACCCUGCGGACGCGCAGAGCACAGACGCGUCCACUGGACAGAAGUCAUGACCUGAGCUCGUGAACCCGCGCCGUGAAUCUAGGAGACUUCGGAGGGGGGCAGUUCACCCAACAAAGGAGUAAUUGUUGAUCUGAAACUGGCCAUCAGCCCUCUUCAGCCAUGUGUUCCACCAAUCACUCAAACUGGGUCACGUUUGACGAUGACAGCGCGCCGCUCUCCUCACCUCCAAAGCCCGUGCAGUCCCCGGGGCUCAAAGCAUCGGUACCGCGCCCCAAUGGUCUGAAAUUAGUCCUUCCUCCAAUCAGAGACACUUCCUGGAGCUUCAAUAGUUCCCUGGAAUCCCCUCAAAGCUACUCCAGCCUUGGGGAGAGUUCCUGUGUACCGUGUAACACGCCCUUUUGCACUCCAGUGAGUGGCGUUCCUGACACCGCGUCCCCGUUUCACUCCAACACGCAGGAAAAUAACCACUUCCUCCGGAGUUUCUCGCGUUCAUCCACCACCUCGGUUCCCUCGCCUGCGCCAGAUUGCCUGCAUCAGACCUCAGACGGGCCGAGCCCCUUUCCUUCCUUCCAGCAGCGCUCGGGACACUAUAACCCCUUCUGGGAUGGAUCGAGCCACAGCGCCGAUGUGGACAGCUCCUCCUCGGACUCGGAAGUUGAGAACAGCCUACCGCGUUUCUUCAUUCGGACCAAAGACGGCAGCGAGCCGCCGCCUGACCACCUCCGGAGCUCCUUCUCCUACGUUUGCCACAAACUGGAAGGCCUGCGGGCGCAGUCGGACCAGGAGACGGAAAAAAAAGAUCGGGAGAGGCGGCUGAGUUGCAAAAGUGAGGUGCUCAGCGAGGGGGCGUCUCAGUUCGUUCCUCGGGGGCUGUUUCGCAGCCAGAAGAGAGACGGCUGGUCCGUCUUGCUCAGGAUCCCUGAAAAAAAGAACCGCAUGUCCUCUCGACAGUGGGGGCCGAUCUACCUGCGCCUGCUGCCGGGAGGUGUGCUGCAGAUGUACUACGAGAAAGGGCUGGACAAGCCGUACAAGGAGCUGCAGCUUCUCCCCCAGUGCAGGCUCUCUGAUCUUAAGCUGGAAAGCUACGGCGAGCCACGCAAGGUGCUCUCGGUCAAAGUGGAGCACUUCUCAUACACGGAGAAGAAGCGCUACCACCCGAAGCUGGAGGUUAGUCACGAGGCGGAGGCAGAAGAGCUGCUCAAGUUUGGCUCCACGGUGCACAGGGACAUGGAGGACCUGGUGGUUUCCAUGGAGGAGGAGAUCUUCAAAUUGUCCUUGCACCACCAGCAGAGGCGGCACUACGAGGAGCAGGAGCUGUCCUUGCAGAUCACGGAUCGUAUCUGGGUGCAACUGGAUAGGUUUGGGGAGGUCAUGGAGCGCACUGCCUUCACCCAGAUCCACUGUCUGGCUUUCCUGAACGGACUCGGGGAUUGUUUCCUCGCCCUCAACGAUCUCGGGUUGACGCGCCUCGACCCCAGCUACGGGUCCGAGGACGACGGCGAGCUCUGGAUGGAGAUCGCAGACUGCCAUUUCCACAAAUCUGUCAACGAGCCGGAGUUCCAGCGGUCCCGGCUGGUGAAGUUCUCCCCUCCGGAUGCCUGCCGGGUUGAGCUCAUGCGCUACAAGACGGCAGUUUUGGGCCGCACAGACAUUCCCUUCUCGAUCAAAGCCGUGGUCACGGUCCAAGGGGCCUACGUGGAGCUCCAGGCCUUCCUCAACAUGUCGGCCUCCUUCCUUUCCACAGCGGGGCUGUCUGAGGCGAACCCGCUGUGUGAGAACGUGGUGAUCCGCGUGCCGGUGCCGGGCGACUGGGUCAAAGUGACGCAGACCGUGGCCUUGCUUCGGCAGAGGUCGCUGAAGGCCCGAAUGAACAGAAAAGCCUGCUUGGGAGCCGUCGGCGCUGCGGAUUCUCAGCCCGUCAUGCAGGUGACCAUCGGCACCGUCAAGUAUGAGAACGUGUAUUCAGCCGUCGUGUGGAGGAUCGACAGACUGCCCGCCAAGAAUACGGCCGUGGAUCAUCCCCAUUCCUUUUCCUGCAAGCUAGAGCUGGGUUCUGACCAGGAGAUUCCAAGGGACUGGUACCCGUUUGUCACGAUGGAAUGUGAAAUUAUGGGCGCAGUUGUGUCACAGACCAGGGUGAAGUCCCUGGGCACCGAGAACGACAUCCAGCCGCAGAAGCAUGUGACCAGUUGGACACGGUAUCAAUGUCAGGUGGAGGUGGAAAAGAAAUGGAUUGAAACGGAGUCGCAGAGGGAAUCUGGCUGCAUGACGCAGUGAUUAUCAAAGGAGCUCAGAUGGGGACAUUUUCCCUAUUUGGUCUAAGAUAUUUGCCAAAAUCUUCUUUAUCAUGGAAUGAGAAAAAAACAAGAACAAACCAGGGUGAUGAGGGACUUUCUGGUUUCACCUGGUAUGGGAAAUCACCUAAUAACUCAUAGCCUUUCUCAUGGAGGUUAACUGAUUUUUCUACCCUUUAACUGAGAUUGUAUUAGUCUAGACCUAAUAAAUAAUGUGGUUCUUUUGCCUUGCACUUUACAUUUAAUAGAUUUAUUAACUGUCCGCCUACAGUUUAUAUGAGUACUGUAUAUAAGCUUACAUUUCCAUCAUCUGCACUGCUCUCCAGAAUAAUGGCAGCCUGAAUAAAUGUGCGCCGAAUGGGCUGCAUGAGAUAAACAGCGCAAGUAAUGAGCCAUAUUCAGAGUUUGAGUGAAAAUAUAUUUUGAGCGGACGUAUGGAGUCAGGCCCUUUUGUUGCCUGGCAACGUUUCAAGUUCACGUACUUUGUGAACAUAUUAAUUUAGCUAUGAAUGCUCAAAUUUGUAUUUUGUGUUACAAUAGAUAUGCAAUAACCAAGUGGAAUUGACUUUGAUUAUAGUUGCUCAAACACAUUGAUUCUCAGGUGGGUCUCUUCAUGCUGAGCCCUGUCGGCAUUAGUCUGACGUGUCCCUAAUCACAAUUAUUUUGGUUGAAGUGACUGCAGUGUAAAGCCAAUUUGCAGCCAUUCUCAGCAGUGUGACACUCCAAUCAAAGGUUUAAAGCCACAUGAGACAAUUAGAAAGCUACCAAAUAAUAUUGUAUUUGAUGAUGCUGAAUACAGAUUCUGUGCAUUCACAAAACAAGAUGGAAGUUGCAGUUUGAAACCAACCCAACAGGACUGAUGGCAAUGUACUCUGACUCGUACUUUGGAGCCUUUCUUUAAAAAGUUUCAAAUUAGAAGCAGCUAAUCUCAAACUUGUCAGCUUUGAAAUAUACUGUCAUGCUUUGUCAUUAUAUUUCCUCUUCUUUAUUUCACAUGGAAUAUAACUCAUUACUUGUGUUGCUUACCUCAAAUUGACUUCAUACUUUAUAUUGAGGUUGUGUUCUGGAGUAUUGUAAUUUUAUUUAAGCAGAAAAGCAAAUCUUUAUUAUGUGAUUUUUCUGCCUCUGGGUUGUGAAUAGACUGGUGAAGCUUCAUAGGGAACAGCAAGGGUUUUAUGAUGAUUUUUAUGUAUAAGGUACCUGGUUUAAGCUGGAUAUUAUGUUCAUCAGAGUAAAAAUUGUAUUAAAGCUG